AUGGCAUUCGCUGUUGCCGAGGCAAUCCUCAAGAAGUUGGCUCCCCUUGCUGCUGAGCAAGCAGGUCUCCUCUGGAGCUUGAAGCGCGAUUUUCUGAAACUGAAGAGCACGGUUUCCUCCAUACGUGCGGUGCUGUUGGAUGCCGAGGAGCAAUCGGGUCUGAACCAUCAGGUACGAGACUGGCUCGAUAAACUGAAACAGGUGCUUUAUGAUGCUGAUGACUUGCUGGAUGAUUUCUCCACGGAGGCUCUGUUGAAGCUGCGGAGGAAUGAUGGGAAUCGCUGUCUGAACGAGGUAUGCCUCUUCUUUACGCGUUCCAACCAAUUGGUUAGUGGUCUUGUGAUGGCAUAUCGGUUGAAGGCCAUCAGGAUCAAGCUGGAUGAGAUUGAUGAGAAUCGGAGGAAGUUUAAUCUUGAAACGCGCCUCCAAGAUCCGGUUGCUGCUGCGAUCAACCACGAGAGGCAGACUGACUCUUUUGUUCCACAUGGAUUUGUUGGGAGAGAGGAAGAUAAGAAGAAAAUAAUUGCUAUGUUGUUGUCAUCGACCAAUGAUGAGCAGAAAAUCGAGGUUAUUCCGAUUCUUGGAAUGGGUGGUCUCGGGAAAACUGCUUUGGCUCAAUGUAUCUACAAUGAUAAUAGUGUGUCUACUUGUUUUCAGCUGAAAAUUUGGAUAUGUGUUUCGGAUAAUUUCGAUCAAGUACUACUGGUCAGGAAGAUGUUGGAGUCUAUAACCCGACGUAAAGUAGAAGAUUUUGACGUGGACAUCUUGAAAGGGGAACUUAAGAAGGAGAUGGAUAAUAAGAGGUUCUUGUUAGUGCUGGAUGAUGUUUGGAAUCAUGGUGACUACAAGGGCAAUUGGGAUAGCUUGAUGAGUUUUUUGUUGCAGGUCGGGGCAGUUGGUAGCAAAGUUAUCGUCACUACUCGUCUUGGAGAUAUCGCGAAUCACUUCGCAACGAAGGGGAUUAAACCACACAACCUAAAAGGUUUAUCUGAGGAAGAAUCGUGGUUUUUGUUUGAACAAAUAGCAUUCGAGGGUGAAGUGGAAGGUGGUGAAAGAUUUGCAGACAUAGGAAAAGAGGUCAUGAGAAAAUGUGUCCGAGUUCCUUUGGCCAUAAGGGUGAUUGCAAGUGCCCUAUCGUCUAAGAGCAACAUUGUUGAUUGGGAGGCUAUAAGAGAUAAACAAGCAAUGUUUGAUGGGGAUGACGAGAGAAAGAUUUUGGGUACUCUUAGAUUGAGUUAUGACAACUUGCCUUCUGAAUUGAAACCGUGCUUUGUUUAUUGCAGUUUGUUUCCGAAAGAUUCUGAGAUUGAUGUGAAAUUGUUGGUGCAACUUUGGAUGGGGCAAGGAUUUAUCAACUCUAGUCAGUCGUCAUCGGUUUUAUUUGAAGUCGGGAUUGAAUAUUUUAAGAGUUUGUUGUCUAGGUUCUUUUUCCAAGAGCCAGAAAGUGAUGCAUGGGGGAAUGUACGCUGGUGUAAGAUGCAUGAUUUGAUGCAUGAUGUAGCACUGGGGAUUGCAAGUGAGGAGAUCGUAGCUUUAAAAGCUUUAGAUUCGAUGGAAGGUCGUGUCAAUUCUGAUAGGCUUCGACACAUAUCAUUUGAUUUUGAAAGAAAACCGACAGAGACAUGGAAAGCUCCAGAUGCGUUGGCUAGUGCAACAGUACUGCGAACUUUUCUUCCUAUAAAUACACCCUAUUAUGGCAUUGGUGGCAUCGAGCAGAACUGUGAGAAGAUCUUCUCAAAUAAUACUAGGCUGAGAGUUUUAAGUCUCCACGAUGCUAAACUGGAGAGUGUGCCCCGCUCCAUCCAUAAGUGA